CUCACUCAAAUAUAAUUUCUGUUGCAAGUUGUUUGGACCUUCUCGGUUACCGUCACUCUGUUUCUAUAGUUACCGGUGAAGUAUUCUGGAAGUGGAAGUUUGCUGGCUCUGUUCUGCAAAAUUGAAAAGACAAGAAUUGAACCAUGGUGCUGAUCACAGAAGAAUUGAUUAGGCGGCGUGCAGAACAUAACAACUGUGAAAUCUUCUCUUUGGAAGAAAUCUCUUUACAUCAGCAAGAAAUUGAGAGGAUAGAAUACAUCGACAGAUGGUGCAGAGAGCUGAAAAUUCUUUAUCUGCAGAAUAAUAUAAUUUCUAAGAUUGAAAAUGUUGACAAACUGAAGAAGUUGGAAUACCUAAAUCUAGCUUUGAACAACAUUGAACAAAUUGAAAAUUUGGAAGGAUGUGAGAGUUUACAGAAGCUGGACUUCACCGUGAAUUUCAUUGGAGAGUUGAGCAGCGUAGAGUCUCUGAAACAAAACAUUCACUUGCGGGAGCUCUUUCUCGUGGGAAACCCUUGCACGGAAUUUGAGGGAUACAGGGAGUUUGUGGUGGCUACAUUACCUCAGCUAAAGUGGUUAGAUGGCAAAGAAAUUGAGAGAUCAGACCGAAUCAAGGCAAUGCAAAACCUGCGUCAAGUUCAGCUUCAAAUCAGAGAGCAGGAACAGGCUUACUUAAAGAAGAGAGACAAGGAGAAACAGGAGGCUAAAAAGAAGCUAGAGAAUCCAUACCAAAAAGAGAAAUCGGAGGCCAAGGAAAGUAAGCCUGGAUUCGAUGGCCGUUGGUACACAGACAUCAACAAUACCAUCCUUGAUUGUGAAGAAAACAAAGAAUGUGUGCAUGAAACACAAGGAACAGAGAAGCAUAAGGGUUCAGAUGAAGAUGAAAUGGACAAGAAAUUCUGGGAGGAGCCAACUCCCUUCACCCCGGAAUCACGGUUGGAGACGCACAGGCACCUGGAGGAGAAGCGCAAAGCAAACGAUGCUAAAAGGGAAACAGAAAAACAGAAGCCACCAAGGAAACUGAUCACUGAAGAAGGACGUGUGCUGAAUGUAAAUGAGCCCAAACUUGAUUUCUCUUUGUCUGAAGAUGAAGACAACAACCAGAUUGUGCUGGAUCUAGCCGUUUACAGGCAUUUGGACACAUCUCGACUAGAUGUUGACGUGCAAACAACCUACAUCAGAGUAACUGUUAAAGGAAAGACAUUCCAGCUUGUACUGCCCUCUGAAGUGAAACCUGACAGCAGUACUGCUAAAAGGUCCCAAAUCACCGGACACUUGGUCGUCACUAUGCCAAAGGCUGUGGAAGUUGUUGGGCCUAGGCCAACGUUACCUCGACCUGUGAAAUCAGCACCUGAUAAAGCACCAACAGAUAACACAAGAAUGGCAAAACAAAUGGAAAGGUUGGAAGUUGAUCCUAGCAAACAUUCACGCAUCAACUUGGAAAACAUUGUAAAAAAGGAGAAGCCAGUUGCACAAGGACCUCUGAAGUUACAUCGACCAGCCAUGUUGGAGUCUUUAUGCAGUACAGGAGACUUUGACGAUGACUCUGAUGUUCCACCUUUAAUAUGACAAACCUGAAGCAUAUACUAUUGGGGUUGCCAAGAAGACAUCCACCAGUCCAUAUUGUAAUCCUUUUGUUCUGCCUACACUUGUAAAGCAGUGGGCUAAGCACAUAUUUGAAAAAUCUGAGUCAUUUUCUUUAACAUGUUUUAAGUUGUAGAAUAAAAAUGUGUUAAUUGGUACGACAGUGUGGCAUCAAUUGUAUAGAUCAGGAAAUACGACUGAAAGACAGCUUUUCUUGUAGUGAAUUAACUUAUUUAGGCAUUUUUACAUAGUUUAUGUAAUACCUGCCAAGAAAAAAAAAACAUAAGGGAAUUACUAGGAUUUGCAUCCCUAAUAUUUACAUUUGCCAUAUACAGUGCCGUGAAAAAGUAUUUGCCUCCUAUCUGAUUUUCUGCAUUUUUGCAUAUUUUUGACACUGAAUGUUAUCAGAUCUUCAACCAAAACCUAAUAUUAGAUAAAAGGGACCCUGAGUGAACAAAUAACACAAUAAUUUGAUACAUAUUUCAUUUAUUUAUUAAAGAAAGUUAUGCAACACCCAAUGCCCCCGUGUGAAAAAGUAAUCGCCCCCUUAGACUCAAUAACUGGUUACGCCACCUUUAGCAGCAGUAACUGCAACCAAACGCUUCCUGUAGUUAUUGAUUAGUCUCUCACAGCGCCGUGGAGGAAUUUUGGCCCACUCCUACAUGCAGAACUACUUCAACUCAGUGACAUUUGUGGGUUUUCGAGCAUGAAAUGCUCGUUUCAGGUCCUGCCACAACAUCUCAAUGGGGUUUAGGUCUGGACUUUGACUAGGCCAUUCCAAAACUUUAAAUUUCUUGUUCUUCAACCAUUCUGAUGUAGACGUGCUUGUGUGUUUCGGAUCAUUGUCUUGCUGCAUGACCCAGCUGCGCUUCAGCUUCAGCUCACGGACGGAUGGCCUGACAUUCUCCUGUAGAAUUCUCUGAUACAGAGCAGAAUUCAUGGUUCCUUCAAUGAUGGCAAGGCGUCCAGGUCCUGAUGCAGCAAAGCAUCCCCAAACCAUGACACUACCACCACCAUGCUUGACCGUCGGUAUGAGGUUCUUACUGUGGAAUGCAGUGUUUGGUUUUCGCCAGACAUAACGGGGCCCAUGUCAGCCAAAAAGUUCCACUUUUGACUCAUGUGUCCAUAGAACAUUGUUCCAGAACUCUUGAGGAUCAUCCAUGUGCUUUUUGGCAAACUUGAGACGAGCAUUCAUGUUCUUAGUGAGCAAUGGUUUCCGCCUUUCUACUCUGCCAUGAAUCCUAUUCUUGCCCAGUGUCUUUCUGAUGGUGGAGUCAUGAACACUGACCUUAGCCGAGGCAAGUUAGGUCUGCAGAUCCCUGGAUGUUGCUUUUGGAGAGAUUUUGGCAGGACAGCCACUCCUGGGAAGAUUUACUACUGUCCCAAACUUUCUCCAUUUGGACAAUAUUAUUAUUAUUAUUAUUAUUAUUAUUAUUAUUAUUUGUUUAUUUAGCAGACGCCUUUAUCCAAGGCGACUUACAGAGACUAGGGUGCGUGAACUAUGCAUCAGCUGCAGAGUCACUUACAAUUACGUCUCACCCGAAAGACGGAGCACAAGGAGGUUAAGUGACUUGCUCAGGGUCACACAAUGAGUCAGUGGCUGAGGUGGGAUUUGAACUGGGGACAAGCCCUUUUCAUUAACCUGGUUACAAGCCCUUUUCAUUAACCACUGGACCACACAGCCUCCGACUGGCUCUGACUGUGGUUUGGUGGAGCCCCAGAGCCUUAGAAAUGGCUUUGUAACCCUUUCCAGACUGAUAGGCAUCAACAACUUUUUUUCCGGAGGUCUUCAGGAAUUUCUUUUGUUCGUGGCAUGAUGUGCCUGUGUGCUGACAACUUCACUCUGAUGGUAAGGGCAAAAGUUAGCCAGAUUUAUAUUGGGCAGGGUUGCCCCAAAUCAGGCCAAAGUACUCAAACAGCUGACCCUAAUUAUCCCUUUAAUUGGGUUGAGUUAACUAGGGUGGGGCAAUAACUUUUUCACACCUGAAGAUUGCAUGUUUGAUUACCUUGCACACUAUACAAAUGAAAGAAGCACCAAACUUUCUUGUUAUUUUUUCUCUCACUCCCUCUAUAUACUACUACAACCCACAAAAAAUCUGACCAACUACAAUGUGAAAAAUGUGCAAAAAUGCAGAAUAUCCAACGAGGCAAAUACUUUUUCACGGCACUGUAAAUUAGCCUUUUAAUAAGUUAGGUUGUAUAAAAUAUUUGAAUAUUAAACUUUGUUGAAUCAUAUUUUAAACAUAUCACUUAGUUAUUGUGAUCCUUCUGGUCUGGUGAAUUUGACAUAUCCUGCAGUAUUUCAGAAGUUUAAAGACAACACUACUUAUACAUUAAUUCCUUUAGUGUCUAUUUUUUUUUUUUUACUCCUCCAGACACAAACCCAUAAGUUGUUUAUGAGAAUGUCAAAAUCAAUUUGCAAUGACAACCCCAGCUCUUCAAAGGAACGCCAAAAUAAAGCCAAGAAUUGGGUUCAAAGGAUGAUAACAGCACUGCCAAUUACUGGAAUAUGGAAAGGGCAGACAGGAUGCUGGUUUAUUCAAUGGUGUACUACCAGUGGUAAUUAUCCCAUUGUUCCAGUCACUUUGAAUGACUUAUAGUAAUACAUGUUUCUAUGUUCUAGGACAACUGGUAGUUUUUCAUUUUUACUUUAUACUUUUUGUGAUUCAAAAGGUUUAAUUGGAACUUUUUCAACCGAUUUACAAUAAAGUGAUUUCCAAUAAAGUGAUUUCCAAUAUCCUUUAACCCUCUGCAGUCCAUUUAUUAAGUGCGCGUCAGGCGCAAUUUAUUUUUACACGCGCAGUUAAUUUUAGACGCGCUGUUUAAAAGUAUUAUUUAUCACAGUCAAACGGGUUUAAAAGGCCCUGCAUAUCAACAAAGCACUCACUAGGCAUCUCCAGCCCCGCCCCACCCUUUCGUUUGCUAUCGCUUUCACAUAUGCUAAGAAAUAAAUAAUAAUAAUAAUAAUAAUAAUAAUAAUAGUCGUACAUACCGAUCAAUCAUCUCCUGAUCACUCAUUUUAUCACCAAACUCCUCAAUAAUGCAAUUCAAGUCAUUAUUUUAUUACUAUAACAUCUCAAAAAAGCUCUGCAAAUGUCCGUGAUAGUCUCUGUGUGCUGAUACAGUAACAUCCAGCUUGUUUCCUUAUGACCGCCCAUAUGGGAUGCCAAUGGCAAGUAUGACUAAUCAUGAGAUACGCCAUUAUUUUUUUUUUAUCGGCUUGUCUCGGCUCCUGUUGCUCCCACUCGGCCGUGUAUGGUUUUCUCUGCUUUUUCCGGAGAAAAAACGACUAGAAACCCAUUUUUUGCGUUUUUUUGAUAAUGUCGGACAAGGUCCGACAAUGGACCAGAUAGGAAUAAUUGCAAUGUCGGACCAGGUCCGACAAUGGACCGCAAAGGGUUAAAUGGACCAUUUUGAUAGUCUCUAUUUACGUCAUAUGUUACAGUAUUUGUAGGAAGUAUUUUAACAGAAACCAGAAGUUUACACGUAAGAGACAGAAAAGACCUCCCAUCAGCCCUUGAUCAAAGUGAGACAUACAUGCUGUCUUCUUUAUUGCACUUUAAACUGUCUUACAAUAAGGACAUUCAACCUGUAGUUUCCAUUAAACACUUCUUUUAAAGCUCUUAUCUCAGUAUGUAAAAUACAUUAAAUUGCCACUUAAACAACUCACUAUACUUUUAAGGGAAUCUACAGUCCCUGAACUAAUCUUCAAUGUUCAAUAAUAAACAAGCCCUGACUCCGGCUACUCGUCAGGCUGCCGGCAGUUUCAGUUUCUUGUUUAGGCUCCGAUCCCGGGUUACCCUCACGGCGAUCUGAGGCUUUCAGCAAGAUGUUUACGUCUCUUUGUCUGGGUAGUGUGGACGAUGUUCAGCCCGUUGGCUUUGGCUUUGCAGCAGCCCUAAGGUGUAUAAUUGGCACCUUUUUAUACCUGACACCCUGCUGGAACACCUACCUGCUGAUUAGGAUACUACAGCUGGUAAUCACACACAGCAGGCAGGCUCUCCCAGGAGCGUCAGAUAUGUCAUUAAUUACAAUACAUUUGCACACAAAAAACCCUCUUCAUGUGCAGGACUCCUUCCCUGCCCCAGUGCUGUAUAUCGUACAGAACACGUCACAUAAACUAAUCUGAACUACAUUUCAAUGUGACUCACAUGAUUUAAGCAAUUGCAGUUUAAACAUUUUUUAAAUAGUGUGGCUAAUAUACAAGUAAAGUUUAAAUGUUACAUUUAAAAAACUGGCCAUGGUGGUUUAUGGCAGGGCAAACAUUUUCAACUUUGAAACAAUUUACUGUGGCAUAACAAGGUAGACUUAUUACUAUUUUUUUUAUUAUCAGCUUAUGACAGGAUAGCGUCAUGGCCCAAGAUGUUACUGACAGGAAAGAGACCCAGGGACAGAAAGCUGCAGUUUUACAUGCAAAGCUCACUUUCAUUAACGUAUUCCUUUGAAUUUAAGAUGCAGUUCAAAUUUCCCACCCUCAAUUUGAGGAAAAAAAUAAAACUUCAAAUAAAUAUGCAUUUACAAAGAUACAACCUCAAUUUGCACAUAUGGAGGCAAUUUCGGCCGUCUGCUGUCACACAGAGCAUCACAGUGCUGCUUCUCAUUUCCAGUCGUGAUUACUCACACCUGUUUUUCUCCCAAUUUGUGAACUGUGGUAUUGCUUGGCAUGUCGAAAAAUACGGGGGUCUGAUCAGCAUUUCCAAUCUGUCCAAGCUGGUACUGUUAAAAAUGCUGAAAUUGAUUUAGCCUGGGAUUAAACCAAGCACUACCACAGACAUCUUCAAACCACUAACGGUUCUGUUUCUUGUAAGAAGACAUUCUCUUCAUCACAUCAAAAUAAUGUCUUUUUAAACCAUAAUUUGUCAUUAGCAAAUUGUCCGAGAUUUUUAUUACCUUCCAUCCCAUCUGCAAAACAGCAGCAUUCGUUUUGUUGUAACGUUUUAAUGUUUGCCGUAAUAUGGAAAUCGUGUCGGCUUCAAAGUCAGUUAGGCAGAAAAGGCAGAGCAUAAUCCGAGUAUAAUUUUUAAAAAAAACUACUAAAAGAUUUACGACGUUUUAUCUAGCCUAGUGAAACAGCUGAAUAAAAAGUCAAUGAUACAAUUUCAGUGGAUGUUAAGAAAAAGCCGAGUAGACGUAACAACAAACAUCAACCCCUUAAGGAUGCAGAACAUCACGUUACAGCUGAAAGAGACACGGACAUUGUUGAAGAAAGAUUCAUCAACAAAAUCAAAGGUAACUUUCAUUUUUAUGUUUCUGUAGUUAGGCCUAAUAUUUCAUUUAAACCGGUAGUGCGUGAGACAUUGUUGUCAGAUAUUGCCUUCCUGCUUUUCCACAGGACGAGGUGUGUUUGCUAAAACCACAUAUCCAAAGCAAGUUUUGGAGUACAGAGGUACUCUACUAAAUAAGAACAAAGCAGACUCAAAAAAAAACACGACUCACUUUUUAACAUAUAAGCCUACUACUUCAGUCACAAAGGAAUAAUUGCAUUGAUGCUUCAGCUGUGGAUGGAUCACUUGGGCGGCUGGUUAAUGAUGAGAAAAAACCAAACACUAAGAUGACAAAAAUAGAAGUUAACAACACCCCUCAUCUUUGUUUAUUUGCUGUAAUUGAUAUUAAGGCAGGGGAAGAAAUCACUUAUGAUUAUGGAGGACUUGACCUGCCUUGGCGUUCAUUCAAAGACAAGCAGACCUGUGAGGAUGACCCAUCGUGUCAGUCUGAGACUGCCACAUUUCAGGCAUCAGUCAAAGGUGUUGAACAGGUAAGAUUUCAAGUAUUGGUCAUAUUGGAAUUGCUUGUAUUUAGUAGAUGUUCUGCAGUUAGCUUCAGCCCAAAACAGACAAUUGAUGCAGCCUAUUUUAGAGUGACACACUUAACUGUCUGACACUGCAGUGUUCACCUUAUUGAAAGGCGGAAAUCUGGGCAGGCUGAGGACUCUCUUGUUGCUGGGCAGAGGCGUUAGCUCUGGUCUCAGCCCGGCAUGUGCGUUUAAUAGAAGACGGGCUGGAGAAGUAUCUAAAAUGGGUCUUAAAAGAUUUCAUGAGAGAGACAAGUCAAAACUUCAUGAAGAUGUUGCCAAGGGGCUAACAGGAUUUGAGCAAAAGCUGUGUAACCAUUUCAGCAGAAUUGAAAUAAUGGGGAAAAGGGGACGUAAGGUAGCAGUCCUUCUAACUCCCAACAUGGUCAAGGCAAUGGCACUGCUGGUGGACAAGAGAAGAGAGUGUGGUGUAAGUGACACCAAUGAGUUUUUGUUUGGCCGACCAAAAUGUUGGAGUCAUUACAGGGGACAGGACUGGAUUUAUGCCAGUCAAUGCGGAGCGAAGAAUCCAGAACAUCUGAGGUCCACACAGUUGCGUAAACAUGUGGCUACCCUUUCACAAAUCCUCAGUCUCAAGAGGAACGAACUGGACCAACUAGCAAACUUUCUGGGUCAUGAUAUCAGAGUCCACCGAGAUUAUUAUCGUCUACCCGAAGCAACUACACAAUUAGCAAAAAUUUCUAAACUCCUUUUAUCCAUGGAAAAAGGAUGUCUACCAAAUCUCCAGGGCAGAUCUCUUGAUGAUAUUGAAAUUGAAGGUAUGUAUCUGCUCUUACUGCAGGAGACCUACAAAAAUAAAAUUAGGUUAAUUAUUUUAAUUAGUGAAAAAGUUUUGUUUUCAUUUUCGGAACCAGGGAAACACAUAAGCUUGCACAUAAAUAAUUAGUUGAAAUAUUAUAAUAUGCAUAUUAUAUAAAAAAAAAUACAUAUUAUGAAUGUGUUUCCUUCAGUUUUAGUUGUCUUCAAUCCCAAUCAAAUUCUGGCACUUUCCAGAUUAAAUGGAUGUUACUGACAGCAAGGAAGAUGAUGGCAAUGACAGCAGUGGAACUGAAGCCAAUGAGGUUUUGGAUGGUGUCCUUGGAGUUAAUGG